AUGGCGUCAGCUGAUGCUAUUGAACGGCAAACAGUAUGUCGACGUAGGUUUAUCGGAUCAUUGUAUGAUAUUCGAACAGAUAAACUGGAAGGUACAAACUUGUUCAAAAACAAAUUACCUGCAGAAUUCAUUGAUGUUAGUGACAAUGCUCGUACCAGCUAUGAACUGCUUUUCAACAAUUCACAAAAGGAAACAUUCGAUAAAAUGAAUAUCGAAGCAAGUUUGAAACUAAGUUUAAUGACUGGUAUACUCGACAUAACUGGAUCGGCAAAAUAUCUAAAAGAAACAAAAAUCGACAGUCUCACAAUUCGAGUUACAUAUGUCUACAAAGUGAAAACAAAACAAGAGCAGUUACAUAUUGCAAUGGCUGGUUUGUCGGACUAUUUUUCAGCAGAUGCAUUAGAAAAUCCCAAUGCCACACACGUGGUGACUGGAAUCAUGUGGGGUGCAAAUGUUGCUGCUACAUUUGAACAAGUAGUCGAGAAUCUCGAGGAAGUGCAAAAAGUUGAAGGAUCCUUAUCAGCUGUUUUGAAAUCCUUGCCAAUCAGUGGUGAAGCAAAAUUUGACCUUCAAAAUAAAGACAAGUUCAAAUUUGAAAAAUUACAAAUCAGUUUAUCGGGUAAUAUACUUAUCGAUGAAUGUCCACAAAAUAUUGAGGACGUGAUGCGUGUCUUCAAAACGGUCCCAAGUCGAAUCAAGACAUUGAAUGAAGGAAAAGGGCAACAGCUUACUUUUGUGUUGUAUCCAUUAAAACGAAUGGCUGAAAUUUUUAAACAUGAAUUACAAAUUAAUAGGAUGAUAAGAGAAGUAUCACAUCUGGUCGUUAUGCGUAUUGAGGAUAUUUUUGAAGAGAUUUCGACAGGAAAGAGAAAAUUCAAUGAUUUUCUUAACGAAAUGAAACCAUGGGAACAUUAUAUUUCAUGUGAUUGGCGAGAUACAAUUCAUCAGAAACAGGCUGAACGAAUUGUAGCUGAAGUGAAAACACAACGUGAGUUAUCAACUUUAUUGCAAAAUAUUCGUGGUGGCCAAGCAGAAGAAUCUGAAAUGGAAAGAUUACUAGACGACUUCGAUCGCAACAAUCCAUGUUCAUCAAUGUCAGUUGAACGGCCUUUGAAAGAAAAGCAAAAUGUGAUAUUAAAAAUUUGA